AUGAACCCCGACAUCCCAUCAACCCCGCCCUCGCGCUCCCUAAAAGGCAAAGUCGCAAUAGUGACAGGAGCAGGCUGCCUCGGCACAGGCAUAGGCAAUGGUCGCGCAAUUUCCAUCCUCCUAGCCUCAGACGAAUGCUCCGUUAUCUGCGUCGACCUGAAUCUACAAUGGGCAACUCAAACAGUCAACAUGAUACCCGGACGCGGUCAGGCAUUUCCAUUUCAGGCCGACGUCACUUCGUCCGAGGAUUGCCAAGCAGCGGUACGCUUCGCGAUUGAGAAAUUCGGGCGCCUCGAUAUCCUGGUGAAUAAUGUUGGAAUUGCGGGUGCGGCGGGGACGGCUGUUGAUGUGGAUAUGCUGGAGUGGGCUAGGGGGAUGGAGAUUAAUGUGGCGAGUAUGGUGCAGAUGAGCAAGCAUGCCAUUCCGGAGAUGGUGAAGAAUGAUGGUGAGAUGAAGGGGAGUAUUGUUAAUAUGGGGAGUGUGGCUGGGUUGAAGGGCGGGACGCCACAUUUGUUAUAUCCGACUGCGAAGGGGGCGGUGGUUAAUUUGACGAGAGCUAUGGCUGCGCAUCAUGCGCCGGAUGGGAUUCGGGUGAAUUGUGUUUGUCCGGGGAUGCUGUACACGCCUAUGAUGUAUGGGAAUGGCAUGAGUGAGGAGGCUAGGGAGGCUCGGCGAAAGCGUAGCUUGUUAGGUACUGAGGGGAAUGGUUGGGAUUGUGCCGGUGCAGUGGUAUUUCUUGCAGGUCCCCAUGCCCGAUGGAUGACCGGAGUUAUCCUUCCAGUUGAUGCAGGAACAACGGCGGCAGUGGGGAUCGGAAUGACGAAGAGUGCCAGUGUAAAUGCUUAG